AUGGAAGAUGUACUGCGUGAUGUAUUGGACCGUAACAAGAAAGUUCUAGUUAUAGCAGUUGGCGUUAAGGCUCGAAGUUUCUUCGAGCAAGAUCUACGGGAAAACAAGACGCAUUUCUUUAACAGUAUUGAUGAUAUAGUCAGGGGACGAUCCAACGUGCGGAUUCUGUUCCUUGAUAAAUUACAGUAUUUAUAUAUGUACUUGACAUAUGUCGAGAUUGAGCUCCAGAAUAAAGGAAACACAUCGAUGUGCUAUGAAGAAAUUAUCAUCUACGGUUUAGAGUCCCUGUUAAUGACGAAAGAACAAUUGGAAUCAGAAGAGACACAGAAAACUCUUGAUCUGUCAAUCUCCCAGCUGCGACAUUGUAACCUCAUCCUUCAUGGAUCGCUUCGACUGGAAAAUCAGUACGCUGUGCGUAUCAGAAUGGUGUCAGCGACAGAUCUGGGAAUGAUGUCUCAAGGUUGGAAGAAUCUGACCGAAUAUUGGCAGUACGUGUAUUCGAUAAAGGAUUCCUAG